UUACAAUGAAUUACAAACAGCAACACUAUACCUCACCUAUCACCUUGAUUCUGUUUAACUUUCCUUGUCUUUGUAACUUCAUAUGAAAAACCUGUUUGGAGAUGUAUGACAGGAAUCUAUGAAAUCUAACGCACUGACACAAUAUGCAAAUGUAAACCCAUUGAGGAAAUCUUAUUGGACAGGGAGGAGACAUCCGUUCCGGAGUCAUUCUUUGCUGCGUUCUCCGGUUAUUGUACUUCUGCUUUGUGGCAAUACACUCAUUGUCAGCUAAGAGUUUGUAGUAUGACUAGGAUACCGAGCAGGGAAAUGAAGUUUCACCAUUUCCAGUAAGACAUUGGAGGCUGAAAUAAAGCCAGGCUUCCAGAGGGUCCCAAAUGGUCUACAGAACUUCAUCAUGGGAGCACAGAAUUCAAAGCCUGUACAUAAGAAACAAUCACGGGUGGUGAUGAUGGGACUUGACUUUUCUGGAAAAUCCACUAUUUUAUAUAAACUUAAAUUAAAUCAGACAGUGGAGACCUUUCCAACAGUUGGGUUCAAUGUGGAGUCCCUGGAAGUAGCUAAAAAUGUUUUUAUCACUGUAUGGGAUGUAGGAGGUCAAGACAAGCUGCGCCCCAACUGGAAAGAGUACUUGGAGGACACGGAUGUUCUCAUCUAUGUGGUGGACAGCAGUGAUAAAGCCCGGAUUCCAGAUGCCACAGCGGAAUUGCUGACUGUGUUGAACAAUGUAAAUAUGGCUGGCGUUCCAUUCUUGGUUAUAGCCAACAAACAGGAUGUACCCGAUGCCCUGUCCACUGAAGAGCUUGUGAAUAUGCUUAAACUGGAAAAUUACGAUGAUCGACUCUGGGAAAUAGAAGGCUGUAGUGCAUACACUGGAGAAGGAUUAAUGGAUGCAGUUAAUGCAGUUUUACGUCUUUUAAAAAAAACUCGUGACCUAUAAGUGCUUAUGCUGUUCUAGGAUCCUAUAAAAUUGGUUUUCAUAAAAGGACAAACUAUUCAAUUGUUGUUUACACAAAAGCAUGUUCCAUUUAUUGUAAAUUUAAGUUAUUAUUCAUUAACAUUUCAUCAGACAGUGAAAAUACACCUGUGCGCAGAUGUUGGUCAUUUUCAGAAUACUUUAUUGAUCCCCAGGGGAAAUUAUUCAUUGGGUUACAAUAUAAUUUACAUAUUAUCAGAACCUCAAAUAGGAUGACUUUCUAACCCUACCAGUUUAAGUCUCAUGAUGAUCUGGGAAUAUCUAUAUGAGCACCAGGAAACAGUAUUUCUUGUUCCUACAAAUGAGCUCAAUGAUUGGCAAGGGUAAUUAAAGCCGAACUUCAGGCACAUAUGAAAACGCCAUUUAAAGUGGAAAUAAAGUUAAAAAAUUCGAGCAGG